GCAAAUGCGUCGACUUCGCAAAACAAAAGACUGACACGAAAGAGUACCGUUUAGUGAAAUUUUAUUAAUAAAUCGUGAAAAAUGAGCCCGGAUAGAGAAGCUGAAGCAUCCGAAGACAUGCUGGAGUCCAUUGACGAGCUCAAAGAGCGGUUAUCAUCAAUGAAGAAGAUGAUGGAGGAGCGGAAAGCGGCUGGAUCCGGCACGAAGGACCUUUUUCAAGGUCACGCCAGAUCCCUCCACGGAACCAACAUGAUCGACGGGAACUUCCUCAGUUUUGUCUUCGGUGGAUCCCUGGUGGUCAUCCUAAGUGUAUCAGUAUACGCAUUUUAUAACUUGUACCAUGCAGUUUUGAAGAAAUUCCCAUCUACUCAUACAGAGUUGUGAAUGAAAAUGUAUGGUCAUGAUGGGUCAUCUAAUCAUCGGAUUGGUCCAGGUUGCAGAGCGCAGUUGUACGGUAAUCGUAUAGCUUUUACUUAUGUGCAAUAAUUGCAAGAGAAUUUCAUUCGAGAAAACCAUUUUUCAAAAUAGUUACUAUAGUAGACAAUAGUUAAAAGAUUUGUCAAUAAAUUAUUCUACGAAAUAAUAGCUGUAGAGUCACAUAAAGGCGUUGUAAUGAACCAACUGUAUUAACUAAUUAAUACCAAA